AUGGGAGACUCCCUUCCUCCAAACCCUAACCCUAGCUCACCCCCAUCGCUCCCUCCACCGCCAACAUCUUCUCCUGCUCCCCAGAGCUCCACCGCUUGCGGUGGCGGCGGCAUCGUCGGCGUGCGCCGCCCCCCGAUCCGGGUGACCUCGGAGUUCGACAGCGAGAGCUCCCUCUUCCUCCACAAGCUCUCGUGCAAGCUCUUCGACGGGCUCGCGAAGCUGAAGCUCUCGUUCCAGAACGACCCCAAGGGCGGCGUCGGCUUCCCCGAGCUCGGCUUCCUCACGAAGCACUUCUCCGUCCUCUACGACCUCGAGUCGCGCAACGCGCUUCUCAAGGGCUCCUUCGACCUCGCCGAUUCGUUGCAAGUUCGAGCCACCCAUGACGUUAAGGUCCACUCCCCAGCGCUUCUUCCUCUCUUGUGA